GCUUUCUGCCCCCUCUCUCAAAAGCACGCACAUAAGCGCUAAUAAUACCCCCGUCCCUCAGUUUGGGGGCCACAAACACGAAAAACCUAAAACAAGGCGUCCCACGCAGCGUCCCGCGUUACCGUGCUGUGCCGCAAGGCUGAGGCUGCGACAAGCCACCCUAGGUGGAACCCGCAUAUCUGCGCCGGGAAGAGGGGUGUCUUAAAGGAUUGCUCAGCCUGCUUUUGACCGAGCGACCGACGACAAGAACACGGCGAGACGCUGCAAGCCCAGCGAAACGAAACGCAAACGGCAGGCAGGCAAGAUGAUGGAGAGAAUGGACGGCGAGAAGCCGCAUAUGGUGAUUGGGAUUGAUUUGGGGAUGACAUGCACAGGUGUAGCCUACGCCAACCUCUCCAUCGGCAGCGAAACCAUCCGCUGGGUACAAAAAUGGCCCGGCCGCUUCCAAGCCAACGAGAACAAAGUGCCGACCGUCGUCGUCUACCCGUCGACGUCCGCGACGCCCAGCAGCUGGGGCUUCCUGAGCGAGACCAUCGCCGAGACGACCGCGCAGGACAAGGAGUACAAGGAGUGGUUCAAGACGAGCCUGGACCCGGAGCGGCUGCGGCAGAAGCAGCGCGAAGACCCCGAGGGCGCGCCGGGCAGCCUGGCCGAGGUGCAGAAGUGGUAUGGCGACUAUUUGCGCAAGAUGUACGAGUAUUUGGAGUUUAAGCUGGGCGGGGAGCUGAGUGGAUGUGAUUGGGCGAGCGCGCGGCUGGAGUUUAUCUUCAGCGUGCCGACGACGUGGGCGCCGCAUCCGACGGUGGAGACGUUUAAGAGGAUUGUGGUGGAGAGCGGGUUUGGGUCGCAUCCGGGGCAUGAGGUGUCGAUUGGGCUGACGGAGGCGGAGGCUGCGGCUGUUCACGUCUCCACCGAAGCACCUGGUAUCUUUCGCGAGAACGAUAUCUUGCUGGUGUGUGAUGCUGGGGGUGGGACGACGGAUCUAAGCGUGCUGAAGGUAACGGGGACGGUGAAUCAGGCGAUCAAUUUGCAGCAGCUUGAUGUUGUCUUCGGCGAGACUAUAGGGAGUGCGGCGAUUGACUACGAGUUUGAGAAGCUGGUUUCGACGCGGCUUGCUACGGCACACAGCACGGCACCUAUGCCCAUCGAUCCUCUGGACGCUGCAUGGGAGAUGAUGAAGUCGCGGGACUUCCAGGCCGUGAAGUGCGAAUACGGGUCCCCGGAUGACACACCCCUCUUCAGCAUUGGGAUCCCGCGACUACCACAUUCGUACAACAACAGCGAUCCGGAUGUCAGAAUACGAAACGGCGAGAUGACGUUUGAGCGGGAAGAUCUGCAGCGGCUGUUUGACAAGCAGAUUGCGAAGCUGUUCCGGUUGAUCGAUUCGCAAUUGAGUAGCUUGUACCAGAAGUAUCCGGCGGCGAAUGUUGCGCAUCUUGUGCUUUCGGGUGGCUUGGGGAAUUCGGCGUAUGUGCAGGCGCAGCUGAGGCAGCACUACGCUGCUACCGACAUGCCCAACACGCGCGGUAUCUCUGUACGUAUAGCGCCCGACCCGCAGCUCGCCGUCUGCAAAGGCCUGGUCUCGGACCGCGUACGGAAGCUACUCACAUCACAUUCCGUCCUCGGCUGGCGCUGCUGUCGAGCCUCGUAUGGCACGCUCUGCAAGAUCCUGUACGACAAGAAGAACCCAGAGCAUGCGACAAAGCAGCUUGUAAGAGACCCGAUGAACGGGAAGAUGUACAUUAUGCAGGCGAUAGCGUGGUUCGUGAAGAAGGGGGAGCCGGUGAGCGUCGACAAGCCCAUUGUGCACAACUUCAUCAAGAAGGUGGGCCCCGGAGAUCCGAGAAGAGCGUUUCCAACGAGCGUGAUCGAGAGCCACGUCGAGGCGAGGUCUUUGCCCGACCAGAUGAACCACGAAACGCGCAUUCUCUGCGAGAUCUCCUCAGACCUCAGCAGCACCGACGAGAAGAAAUUCAUCGAGAAGAACCGCCACUUCUGGUCCCUCGGAAAACACUACUUUAAAGUGGAAUACCAGGUGCGCGUCAUUAUCGGGCCGGCGGAUAUUCGCUUCGAGCUGUGGUUCAACAACCAGAAGCUGUCGCGGGACCAGUCGAUAAGGGUCGAGUGGAUACCUGCGCCGUCUCCAGUUCCCCAGACGCCUGUAGAUCUAUCAACGUACAAUCGGGUUGAACUUCCGGAUAGCCACCCGACGCAUAUGUCUGGAGGCUUGGUAGGGAUGAAUGGAUGGGGGCCGAUGAAUGGACAUGUGAUGGGCGGACAUGUCAUACAGGGGGUUGAUAGGACGGGAACGAACAUUGAGACGGGAAAUGGGGAAGAGAAGAAAGGAUGGAGAGGGAUCAAGAAUCCAGGAGGCUUGCUGGGUAGAGCGAGAGGGGGAAAGUGGCCUGUGUAUGGUUAAGGCUCGGCACAAAACGAUGCUCACUGUGCAUUCAUUUUUCCCUACGAUCCUACACAACCGGCGCCCGGAGUUUCCGUCUAAGGCACAGACACUUAGUAUGGCUGUAACAGGAGACAUAAGCACCAGGACUGUGGUGCAAGUGGACAAUGGG